AUGCUUAUCCUAUUUGGUUUCCUGUUUGCAGUUGACUGUGAUUUUGAGGUUGGCUUCUGCGACUGGAAGAACGUUGAUGGAGAUGAUUUUGAUUGGAUUUGGGGAACACCAAUCUCAUCACAGGGAAAGGGUCCUCAAGUAGAUCACACAUUAAGCACAAACGCAGGUCAUUACGUGUAUGUGGAUACUAAUGCGAAUAAUGUGGGUGACACUGCUAUCUUAUCAAGUCAUGAUUACAUCCACACCGGUCCAAGAUGUGUAUCAUUCUAUUAUCAUAUGAGUGGGUCUGGUCCAGGAACUCUGUCGGUCUAUAAGCAGGAUGAUGGCGAGCUGUUUGUUAGUCCCAGCUGGACUAAGAAUGGGGAUCAAGGGGAUAGAUGGGUCCAUGCGCGGGUUGAGGUUGUACCGACACCUGAUAAGAGUUAUAAGAUCUAUAUUGAGGCUACAUCAUCGGGUCCUUCUGCCGACAGCGAUCUUGCAAUCGAUGAUAUCAACAUUGGCGACAACAUUUGCCUUCCCGAAGGCUCAUGUACAUUCGAGUAUGAUAUGUGUGGCUUCGUCAAUGACUACGUGAAUGAUGAUGGACUUGACUGGUUUAGAGCUAGCCGUACAGGAUCAGGCGAUACUGGACCAAGUGUUGAUCAUACACUACAGACAGGAUACGGUCAUUUUGUGUUCAUCGAGGCUUCGUUCAUUACACCAGGAACCAGAGGUUGGCUACUCAGUGAAAACUUCCAACCAACCCCAGGUCGCUGCAUGGAAUUUUGGUAUCACAUGUAUGGCAACACAACAGGUGACUUGAAUGUGUAUUCAACCACUGCUACAACCUCUCCUAAAUUGCUGUUCAGUCAAAGUGGUAAUAAGGGUGAUGUUUGGCUGCAGGCAAAGGUAGAUGUCGACUCAACGGAGAAAUUCUGGGUUACCUUUGAAGCGGUUGUUGGGUCUGACUAUCUCAGUGACAUAGCUCUUGAUGAUAUGUUUCUCCAUCCUUCUAUAUGUGCUAUCACUAUUGCUCCACCCUCGCUAUUUCCACCUACAUAUCCACCUGAUACUCAUGACUGUGACUUUGAAUCUGAUUUGUGCACCUGGAAUCAGGAUGUUAAUAAUGAUUUUGACUGGAUCAGGGCUUCAGGAGCGACAGAUAGUGCUGGGACAGGACCAUCUUCAGAUCAUACUAUAGGAGACCAAACAGGUUAUUACAUUUACAUCGAAACAUCCAAUGGAAGUCCCGGCGAUGUUGCCCGGCUUAACUCUCAGUUCUUGAAAAACAUCGACGAUACCGGAUACUGCAUGGAAUUCUGGUUCCAAAUGUACGGCCAGCACCUGGGCGCCCUCACCGUCUAUGAGAAUAUAGGUGAUACAGAGAGCCCUGUAUGGACAGAAACAAAUCCAAGAGGACCACAAUGGAACCAGGUUCAUCUUCACUUUACAGAUUCAGGAUCGUACACGGUUAUCUUUGAAGGCCAAAAGGGUUCGCAAGCCUUGGGAGACAUUGCCUUGGAUGAUAUAUCCUUUCAUCCGGGUAACUGUCCUACACCAAGUAUGUGUGAUUUUGAGAACGGAGCAUGUUACCUGAGUCAAACCGAACCAGAUCAAUUUGAUUGGCAGGUCAUUCAAGCCAAUUCAGAAGCAACAGCACCUACCACAGACAAUACCUACAGAACUGAUUAUGGUCAUGUAUUCUAUGCAGACAUGACUGAGCUGACAUCAAAUGACGAUGUAGCUAUUGUGGAAACUGGUCCCCUUCCUCCAACAUCUAAUUUGGGCAACUGUUUCCAGUUCUGGUAUUCAAUGUUCAACUCCAAAAUAUGCCAACUUCAGGUGUAUAAGAUUCAUGCUAUGAGUGGAGAAGUAUCAUUAGAAUGGGAGAUGAAUGGUAUAACCCACGAGGAUGAAUGGCAUGUCACGGAAAUAAAUCUCAAUAACACUGAUGAUCUCUUCAAGAUCCAAUUCCGAGCCGCGAGUAAAGACUACACACAGAAUGCUGCCAUAUCUCUGGACGAUCUUACUAUUUCAUCCGCCCCGUGUUCCCCAUUCGGUGACUGUAACUUUGAGACCGGUCUCUGCACGUGGAAGAAUGAAGAAAAGACUGAUGAUUUUGAUUGGCAGCGGAUCCAGGGUAGGACGCCCUCUGACGGUACUGGACCAGGCGUUGACCAUACCUUCGGGACGCCUUAUGGGACGUAUAUAUACACCGAAGCCUCGGGGCAGACACAAGGACAGGCUGCCACCUUGAAGUCAGGUGACUUCCUGGCCUCACAGAAACUAUGUAUGGAGUUUUAUUACCAUAUGAAUGGGGAAGGUGUAGGCAAUCUCAAUAUCCAAACUCAAGCAGAUACAGCCACUAAGGUCACGACGUUGGAGACACUGAAAGGCAACAGGGGCGAUGUGUGGAGACAUGAUACGAUAAUAUUGAAUCCCAUCAAGGAUGCUUAUUCGUACCAGGUGAUGUUCCAAGCUACGGUAGGCUCAUCACACACCAGUGAUAUAUCACUCGAUGAUAUUGCUUUCUAUUAUGAAGAAUGUCCAGCCGAUCCAACCGACUGUGAUUUUUUCUGUGAAGACCCAGCUCAGACCUGUAUACCUUAUACACAAUUUUGUGAUUUCACGCCUCACUGCCCAAAUCAGCACGACGAACUAGACUGCGGAUCAGCAUGUUCAUUUGAACAAGACACAUGUCGCUGGUGGAACGCUGGAUCCAGUGGUUAUAAAUGGAUUAGACACCAAGGAGCUACACCAGAUUCUAACACCGGACCUGCAUAUGAUCAUACUACACUAAGUGCUGCUGGCUGGUAUAUGUACGUUGGAACCGCGCCUAGCUCUGGUGCUGCCUACGCUGUAUUUUCCUCUCGAAUGCAUAACAACGCUGCAGCAACGUGUGAGAUUCGAUUCUGGUAUCAUAUGUACGGUGAAGACAUUGGUGUCCUGCAGCUAUGGAUUCAAGAGGAGGUUUAUCUAAUGCUACCAUGGUUUAAGGAAGGUGAUCAAGGAGACUAUUGGCACGAAGGAAUCGCAGGGAUCGGCAGAAUUCCUGGUGGAUUCAAUGUAAAGUUCCAGUCAAUUCGAACAUUUGAAGUUCUUGGUGACGUGGCGAUUGAUGACAUCAGAAUGGAAUCAUGUGCUCUACCAGUACCUCAAAUUGAGGAAUGUCAAGCCGAUGAGUUCCCAUGUGAUAGUGGAGCCUGCAUCACGAAGAGACGGGUCUGUGAUUUUACGGAUGAUUGUGGUGACUGGUCUGAUGAGGCUUCAGAUAUUUGCAAGGAUUACAACAAUUGUGACUUUGAGGAUGAUACGUGUGACUGGAGUCAAGAUAAUACAGAUGAAAUAGACUUCAUGAGAAUCAAAGGUCCCUCAGAUGAUAACUUUAGGACAGGGCCCUACAGAGACCACACAACGCAGACUAUAGGUCAUUACAUGGUUAUGGAUGCCAGCACAAAGGGGUAUACAGAGGGUGAUAGAGCGAGGAUGGUCAGUCUUGUUCACCAAUCUAAUGGGGACUGCAGGUUCCGAUUGUGGUACCAUAUGUUUGGAUCUAACAUGGGCACACUGAAUAUAUUCAUGAAGACAUCAAUAGGAGGUUACAUGACCACUCUCUUCACCAAGACUGGCCAUUCAAACGACUAUUGGGAGCUCGCAGAUGUAGACCUAACUGUUUCCGGGUCAACCAACUUCCAGGUCGUAAUAGAGGCCAUACGAGGAGACGGACCAUAUGGCGAUAUUGGCAUCGAUGAUACGUCCUUUACACCGGAGUGUGUGAAGUCAUCUGGAGGACUCCCUUCAGGCACCACUACCCCAGCUGUAACCACCAUUGGUCCUUGUGGGGCUGGUAAAUGGCAGUGCUCUGAUCUGACAUGUAUCGAUGCUAACAGAUACUGUGAUUAUCAACAAGACUGUCCAGAUAACUCCGAUGAGGCUAUGUGUGGACCAUGUGAUUUCGAUACUAAUCUUUGUGGAUGGCGUGAUGAAAGCUUUGGAACGUAUGUAUGGGGGCAAGAAGCUGGAAGUAUCGGAACCAUACCAGGGCUUAGUACACAGGCUGACAGUGGAUAUUACAUGAGAGUGGUACCCGGUAAUGCUCAGUUCAAGGAGUUUGCCCGAUUCGUGAGCCCCACACUACCAGAUACAUCUAUCUACUGUCGGUUUGACUACUGGUACUAUUUCAAGCCAUCCGAUGACAGUGUUGAGUUCAACUUAGAGAUGAAGAAAUUGGAUCAACCAGGGUAUAUUGUUUAUCACAAUGAUCAGACCGAGCAGUGGAUCAAUGUACAUGUUUAUUACGGUCGAAUCGAAACCACUUAUCAGCUUAUCUUUGCUGCCUUCGCGCAAGCAGAUGAGGACAUCAUUGUUGCGGAUGAGAUCUCUUUCACUGACUGUAAGGUAGAUUCCUAUUUUCCAUGCGAGAUUGAAUGUGAUAAUAAACUAUGUGUACCCUACUCAGCUGAAUGUGAUUAUACAAAUGACUGUGGUGAUCGAACGGAUGAGAAGACAUGUAGUGAAUACAGAAUGUGUAACUUUGAAUCAGGCACUGAAUGUGAUUGGAGCCAAGAUUCUGAAGAUGACUUGGAUUGGGUGUGGCUUGAUGGUUUCCAAGGGGAUGCAGUGGGCGGUCCUGACUAUGACCACACCUACUUCAAUCCAACAGGUCAUUACUUCUUCCUGGAUUCUGGGGAAAAUGACGUGAAUAAGAAGGCUUUGUUGGAUAGUGUGGUAUACUCUAAACCUCAAAAUACAGGAGAUUGCCAGCUUCGUUUCUGGGCAUUUAUGAAUGGAGCCAAUGUAAAUCGCCUGAGUGUUCUGACCCAAGUAUCAACCCAUGAUGACCCAGUAAGGUCUUGGACCAAGACUACAGCUACGGGUGAAGAGUGGAUCAAGUACAUUGUUCCAAUGGACACUGGAUACAAAUUCAAGGUAUACUUCGAAGGGAUCGCUGGUGGUCUUGAUGACGCAAUAGCACUUGAUGACAUCACAAUGACUCCUGGAUGUAUCAAAGAUCCUGAUCAAACAUUACCCGAUUCCGUCACACCUACAGAUGCUCCACAUUGUAAUGCUGGUGAAAGGGCAUGCAGGGAUGGAACUUGCAUCGCUUCUGAGAAGUUCUGCAACUUCAUCUAUGAUUGUGAUGACGUCUCUGAUGAACUUGAUUGCCCAUCUGUUUGUGACUUCGAGAAUGAUCUUUGUAUGUGGACCCAAGGAGUGAAUGAUAACUUUGAUUGGUCAAGAUUCAACAACUCUGAGGAAUCAAGCUUUGCUGGACCAAUCUCUGACCAUUCACGUGGUAGUCCAAUGGGUAUCUACUACUUUGUUGAUGGUCUGACAAGCACAAGGAAUCAUCAUGCAACCUUGAUCAGUCCUAAGUUUGGUCAGGCAGGAACUAACUGCAUAGCCUCUGUGUGGUACUACAUAUACGGUGCUUCAUAUGGUAACCUGGAGAUCAAACGAAGAGUAGCUGGCGAGGAUAGAACCUUGAUGGUCAUUAACGAGGGUAAUAUGGUCAGUGAGCAGUGGACACAGGCCAGGAUAGCUCUUCCGCCAUGCCUUGCAAGCUUCAAUCUCGUCUUAGAUGCUGGUAACCAACAGACCACCCCUAUUCCAGGUGGAUUUGCUAUCGAUGAUAUCCGUCUUGAUGACUGUGCCUUUGACGUUUCACCAUCAUUAGUACCAUGCCAGUCUAAUUACUACCAGUGUUCUGUUGAUCACUGUUAUCCGAGGGAUAGUAAGUGUGACCUGACCCUAGACUGCUGUACAGACAGUGGCAUGGGAAAUGAUGAAACCAACUGUGCUUCUUACAAGCAAUGUGACUUUGAGGAUGGUCUGUGUGAUGUCUGGAGUCUGAUGCCAGAAAUUGAUUUUGAUUGGUCAAGAGUGCAAGGACAGGAUAUGACGCAAUUGACCUUCGACCACACCUUAGAUUCAGGCGAUGGAUCUUUCCUGUAUAUGGACCCUACCAACCAAGCAAGUAGUGGUGAUAUAACACAGCUCGGAAGCUUUAUUAUACAGCCAGCUAAUAACAACUGUAAGAUGCGUUUUUACUACUACAUGAGUGGCAGCACCAGUGGAACUUUGAAUGUGUAUACUCGCACGUUGAUAGGAGGCCCUCUAUUGUCGAGAUGGUCAGAAUCUGGAGAUAUAGGUUUAAUGUGGAUGAAGCAAGUCAUUACUCUCGACAGUUACGAGAUCUUCCAGGUCAUCUUAGAAGGGGUGAAAGGUGAAGGGUCAUCAGGAGUAUUGGCCAUCGAUGAUACGACCUUUACACCUGACUGCAGAGCAUCAUCAGGCAAUCUUCCCAGUAGUACAACUAGACCACCAACAACAACUGGUAAACGAGACUAA